ACAAAUCAGCCCCCAGUUCAGACCACUGAGCACACAUCGGCACAGCCCAGACACUGACAGCACCAGGCAUUUUAGAGAGAAAGGCGAAGGUGCUUUUGUUUUUUUUCCCAAUCUCUCGAUCUCUCCGGGCUUAGGUCACAGGGAAGACCGCCUGGUUUCUUGGCCCCGCUUGGCCAGUGUCUGCUCUCUGCCAUCUUCCUCUACCACUGGGGUCUUGAGCUGAGAAGGCUGGGGCAAGGCAGAUCGAUCAACCCCCGAGAGCGGCCUGUGGCCGGCGAUCCGCAGAAGUGGGGCCAGGUUCUGGUCGGCCUCAUGCUGCCCGCUCCCCUCUCUCUCCCGCAGCCGGGGGUGCGCCUGUAUUUUGUGGAGCAGGGCUCAGGCCCUGCAGUGUGCCUCUGCCAUGGGUUUCCUGAGAGCUGGUUCUCCUGGAGGUACCAGAUCCCUGCUCUGGCCCAGGCGGGCUACCGGGUCCUGGCUGUGGACAUGAAGGGCUAUGGAGAGUCGUCUGCCCCUCCCGGUGGGUUGGCCGUGCCCCGGGGGUCCUGGGUGGCCCUGCCUUCUCCUGGCUGAGUGCCCCAGCCUCUCUGUGCUUUCCCUGCCCUAGGUCAGAGUGGGCAGUCCUGCAAGGGGGUCUCACGGCACCCCCUGCUCCCCUGCAGUG